ACUGCUCAUUGGAGAAAGAGUUUUGGUCGAGGAAGAAAGGGAGCUCCACACUAAAAUGUGAAGCAGCAUUGGUAUCUAAAUUGGGAAAGAAAAGUAAAUCAGAGAGUUCAGAAGAGCAGGAGAUACAAGCCAUUGGUGGCAAAGAUGCUUCCAUCUUUCUUUUCCAUGCUCUGGGGAAAAUAAUUUACUGCAAAAGAGAACCAAUGUCAGAAUCAGAAGUGCCUCAGCUGCCCGCUCACUUAUCAGAAUACCGUCGAGACACCUUGCUUAUCCAGCCUGAGGAUAUUGUGGAAAAAUCACAUAUGUCUGGAAGCAUGUUUAAUUUAUACCUUCACCAGAACUAUGUAGAUUUUUUUUCUGAUAUAGAUGAUGUAAUGAGAGCCAGCGAAUAUCUGAGCAUUGCUGAUGUCCUUUGUAGUAAUUGGAGUACACGGCUUGAGAUGGAAAAAUACAGUGCCUCUGUGGCCACCCGUGGGGUGAUACAUUCAAAUACAGCCAGAGCCUUUGCCCACCACCAAGGAGGAAUGGGGUUCCGGCCUUUACAUAAACCUCAGUGGUUCUUUAUCAGUAAAAAGUACCAAGAAAACUGCCUUGCUGCAAAAUCUCUAUUUUCAAGCUUCUGUUUACCACCUGAGUGUCUUCAGACAGAGCUAUUGCCUUACCUUGCAAUGUUAGCAAACCCAAUGAGAAACCAAGCUCAGAUUGCUUUUAUCCAGGAUGUUGGGAGGCUGCCGCUGAAAAGGCAUUUUGGGAGGUUGAGGCUGGAAACGCUUACUGAUAAGGAUCCUGGGAUGCCAGACUUGCUCGUUAGGUCUGAGGGGGACGGUGCCGACGCGCUCGCUGUGGAGGUGGCCGCGGGGACGGAGAAGGAGCCAUCGGAGGAGAAGGAAGCGGAUGGGCUCCCUCUCUCUUCCAGCCAGUGCAGUGGGAGUGAGCUGCCUGGCAGUCAGCCUCAGCCCAUUGCAGCUCAAGCAGUCCUGGAGGAUGAUGAAUUAGAAAUAGAGGAAUAUGAUAGUGACUGA